AUGAGUCAUGAUAGAAAGCUAAGAUCUGAUAAUAAGAAGCAAGGACUGGAGAAGAAUAGAGGACGAUCCCAGUCGCCAUCGGUGUUUUUCAGAAAUGCGUCUUCGUCAAACCUUUUGAAGUUCGGCAGAUCCCAAAACUUGACCCAUGAUUCAAAACAACGAGCAUUAUCCAGAAACGACCUCGAUACCAUAGUCUGUCGUGAAAAAGCUGAUGGAAAGCUAGAAACAACUGAGGACGCUCAAGCCAAGGAGACUCGUUCCCACGAAAACAACGUGAUGGUGGACGUUCUGCCCUCUUUUGAGCUGUACAACACCUUGCAUCGACACAUUCCGCAAGGGAACGUCGAUCCCGACCGAGUUGAUUUCCCACCAACGUACCAGGAGGUUCAAACGGAAGCCCCCUCACUCGAUGGCCUCGGCGGUGACCUGCAUUUUAGCGACCCCUCAGAAACUUCGGUGCAACCUCUACAUGGCGGGGAAACUAGCUAUGCCGCUGCUCGUACCGUAGGAGACCAAAUGUACAAUUUGGAGGCUCUUGGAACAACUCAUGGUCCUAUAGAUGCAAUCCAGGAUGACCUGGAUGAAGCAGAUAAUAUCAACAUCGACAAAAUCUAUUCUUUGCCAAAACUGAGUACACCAAUCGAAGUAAGCAUUCACGUCACCAAAGAACCGGCAGGUAUCGAUAGAAAAGCGGAGGACGAAUCUAUACUACGAGAGUAUACGUCUGGCGACAUCAUACAUGGAUACGUGACAGUCGAGAACAGAUCACCUCAGCCACUGAAAUUCGAAAUGUUUUACGUUACCUUAGAAGGACACUCGACGGUCAUUGAUCGAGUAGGCGGGAAGCGAACAGUGAAGCGGUUUCUCAGGAUGGUUGAUCUAAGUGCGAGCUGGUCGUACUCGAACAUUGAUGUUUCAAAUGGUCUCAACUAUAUUCCUGGUGGAAAGGACUUUGAGAAUUGCAUCAUGGGGCUCAACAAUAAUAGGCUUCUAGCACCAAACACAAGAUACAAAAAGUAUUUUAUGUUCAAGCUUCCAACGCAACUUCUCGAUGUGUCCUGUAAGCAUCAACAAUUCUCUCAUUGCCUCGUACCCCCUACAAUCGGUAUUGAUUCUAUGAGGGGCGGUGGUAAGUAUGCGGGGAUCAAGAUUAAUAGCAUGCUCGGCUACGGUCAUAUGGGUACGAAAGGCUCUCCCAUUUUGACGGAUGAUCUUUCGCCGAGCGAGAUGUCAAUCGGUUAUGUUAUUGACACAAAGGUUGUUGGGAAGGAUGCUCGAACAAGAAAGCUUAACAUUUUAAAAGAGCGGGAGUACAAUUUGAGAUUUGUACCAUUUGGGUUCUGUCGUCCGUUUACAGGUGAACGGUCACCUUUGAAGCAGCUGCAGGACAUCACUCGACUAUUCCAGGAAAGAAUAGAUGCUUUGAAAAAGGUGAUGAAGCGGUUGGAAACAGGGGAACAAAUAACAAAUGAAGAUUUACACAAUACAGACAUCAGCGGUACAGCUGUAGAUCCGACAGAAAUUAAUUCUGAAGAGAUUUUGAGGCGGAAGCUCGAUCAGCUUUACACCAAUAACCGUAUCGAUCCGGCAUGCUCAUCAUUUCCUUUGAGCAAUUCGAAAAUAUCAAAAUCCAGAAGUGCUAAAACUGUUGAAACUGAGUUCAGAUACAGGAUAAAGAGCAAGAGCAAGUCUUCAACGAAGCUUAAGAAAACCUUCUUCGCAGGUUUGGGUGGGCCUCCAAACUCUGGUUCCAGCUCUCCAACCUUGAAUGGUGAAAAAACUGGGAUGAUCGUGAUCUCAAGCGAGAUUCCAAAGCCGGGAUUACCAUAUACAGAACCCUCUCUUUUAAGGAAGACUAAUACUUUGGAAAACAAAGGUGCCCAGAACAGAGAAAACUGGACCAAUUUGGUGUCUUCUUUACCAGAAAAAGAUAAAGAAGUCCUCGAAAAACUGGUAAUCAAUUUGAAGUGCAUUCAAGCCAACAAUUCUGAGUCUCAUCAACCACCGGAGAUUCAUUCUGUUACCACAGAACUAGUUUGUAUGACCGUAAGAUCCACAAACUCGAUCCCCGUUAAAAUGGAUGCAGAUUUUAUUCUCAAAAAAGAAAGGCUGGAACAGGUUCAAAGUGCAUUCAAGCAAUUCAAGCAAGAAGCAGAAGAUCUUCAUCGCAAGUUUCUUGACAAUCAUGAAGAGUUGAAAAAACUUUUCAAGCAAACAGGAAGAUCGGGUGUGCAUGAAGAACUGAGAUUUUCAGAUUUUCUCUCGGAGCAAAUGCUCAAUGAUAUAGAGAGCAUUGCUACUUUGCGCACUGAUAUUCAAGUGUUACCUCAGAUUUUCAAGAAGCAGUCCCACACACUAAAGGAUGACGACGAUCUCCUGGGGACACCGGUCAAGAGCGCCAGCAGCUCUAGUCUUCUCAGCGCUACAUUCAGUGGGUCUUCUACUGGCAGUUUCCACACCUCGACCGCCGAAAGGUUGAAAAGACAGCUUUUCAAUGACUGGGUUCAAAGCAACCAUCAGGAAUACGAUAGGGCCAUAACAGUGAAUGUGAAGUUGUCUGAUGAUAUCCGGGAGACCCUUGUUCCGACCUUUGAGAGUUGUCUGAUUUCGAGGCUAUAUUGUAUUCGUGUCAACAUAAAAUUUGAGGGCCAAUCAGGAGUAGCUACGCUCGAUGUUCCUGCCCAGAUAAGAAGGCUGGAACUAUGA